AUGGCAUCAAGAACCACCGACAGAUACCCCUCCCUCAAAUCCCUCGACCCCCUUCCUGUCGAACUCCGCAUCCAUAUCCUCGAUUAUCUCCGAAACACCUCCCACAAACCCACUCUCGCUACCAUCGCUCGCGUAUCACCCGAAUUGCGCAAAGAAGCCACCGAACGCCUAUAUUACACAGUAGACCUCUGCGCCGACAAUGUUGAGCUGUUCCUGUACGGAUUGGCGGGCGACAGUAUCCAGCAAUUGACCGCGGAGGAGAAGGAGCUUGGGUGGUGGCACUAUAAACCGGGUGUGAUGGGUUUCACGGCGUCUGUGGCGAUGAGGAGGUACAGCCUUCUUCGCCUUGUGGGUUAUGUGCGUUUUCAUGAUCUGGAGGCGCUCAUGGAGUGCGGCAAAGCUAUCCAUGCUUUGGAUUGGCUUGGUAUGAAGGUCGCUCCGCGGCGAUGGUACGAGGAACGCGGUUUCUCCAGGAUCACCCGUCUCGUCCUUUUCCCAGAGCUGGACAUAUUCGCACCGGAAGGCGCUUUUUAUCUUGAUCAGUCUUUCGCGGUCUCGCUAGCGCGGAGAGAUCAUGAUGAAGACGAUUUUGUGAAAACCUUCGGAACCUUGAUAUCUAGAUUGGUGCCGCGUAAAGGAUCGUUCGGGGUAGCACAUCCUGCUGAAGGUGAUUUUGGGCCGAUAACUCGGCUUGUCAAUUUGGUCAUGGAUCGUCUCUGGCCACGGUUUGUGGCUUUCGACGACUUUGAUCCCUCCCUCAUAAACUUUGUGCGCUCUACAAACUUGCUCUGUGUCCAUGUGAGGAUGAAGGACGAAGCAAGCUGUCAAGUGGAUCAUUUGGUGGGGACUCUUGAGUUGAUAAGACGUUUCUCCCGGGGGAAUCGUUUCGAAGUUCCAGUCCUUAUCGCAAUCAACAACUAUUACAUUCCCCCCCAUCUAAUCAACCAGACGGAGACAUUCUUCAAUGCCAUCAAGGAACAAGCUCGAACCUUCUCUCCCGAUUUGCCCAUGGCAAUACAUCUUUUCCGGUCAAAGAAUAGAGACCAAGCUCAGUACGACCUCUUUAAUCAAGAUAUGUCCAAGUACGUGUUAAGGAGGGAUCGGGUACCAGCUUUACCGAGUCGGGAGCAUCAAGAACAGGAAAUGGGGGCUUAG